AUGGCAGUUGAAAAUGCUAAAGUUGCAGAAUUACACUGUAUUUGCAAGCAGCCAGACGAUGGAAGGUACCAUUACAAUUUGUUAAGAUUUGCUAAUAUUAGCAUGCACUUAUUAAGGUUCGAAUUUCCUUUUCUUAUAUUUUUGUAGAUUUAUGAUUUGUUGUGACAGUUGUGACACAUGGUUUCAUGGUGAUUGCAUCGAUCUUUGCAAGGAAGAGGGAGAACUACUAGAAGUUUUCUAUUUAAAAAUCUUUAAAAAUCUUUAAAAAUCCUAAAAUAUCUUCUUUCUUCUUUAGAUGGCAGAUUUCGUCUUUCAAGAAGAAAAUCCGCGUUUUCUUCAGAGAAAUGUCGAAGAGGAAGAUGUCGAUAUAGAUCAUCUUGCCAUAAACUUACCCGUUGAUGACGAGCGAACAGAAGAAGUUCUAAAGUCGUUCGUAGGCAACGCAGUCAACCUUGGAACACGAAAAGGCCGAACAUGGCAUCGAGAAACUUGGAACUUCCUGAUCCUCGCUUGGAACCCGUAUUAUUCUCACUAUGCUGUGUAA